GGCUCUGGUUGUUGGUUUCCUCUGGAGAGAAAUGCCGGGUUGUUGGAUGCGAACGCCAUACCACCGUGCUACCAACCUAGUUGUUGUUCCCUUUCUGGUCUCUCUUUGUUGGUUCGGCAGCCUAUAGAUGAUGAUUUUAUCUCCUGUCAAGGUUAGCGCUUUCGUAGUUUGCUUGCACUCAAUUACGCUGACUCCCCGUGUCUAUAGCCGUACCUGAUAUCGUCGAAAUUUUGAGAUACCCAUACGUCGACCUUGCAUUUGAAGCCUUUCUUUUCUAUUUUGACUGUCGCUACCUCUUUCCGAUAAUCUACUGCUUACCUAGUGGUACACCGCUGCAUCCACUCAUUCUAUGAACCCAUCAUCUCCUUGUAUUUUUUCGAUCGUCUCUCCCGGAUACAGCGUCAUCGAGAUUCCUUCAGCAUGUCCCGCCCAAGUCUCAGUAUUGGAAGUGACUCCCUGCGAAGUUGUCUAGCGCCUCGUGAUCUAUCAUCGGACUCCGGGUCCGACAUUUGUUACGAUACAGCCCUGCCACCCAUCACGUCCAAACAGUUGAUUGUCAACUCUCGAUCGUACCGCGGCUCCGAUCCGUCCAUCGUGGUAGGAAGCUUUCGUGGGAACCAAAAAGCUGCGGCUGCCCUCGGUUUCGCCCCAGACAUGUCGAGCAUGAACCGGGGACCCAACGCCCAUCGCCGGACCGGAAGCACCUUGAAAACCGUCAUGAGAAGAAUAUUCACCCGCAAAGCACGGGGCCAGGCAGACGGCUGUGAGGAGGCUGUUCCGGACUUUCGACUCAACCAUCCUGGCGAAGCACGGCCAGAUAAGGAUACAACGAAUUACGCCGCGCUCUCGAAUUCAUUGAAAUCGAAAUACAGCAACCCGACCCGGGACGACCUGAAGGAUCCGAAAGCUUUUGAAGAUACAUUGCUCAAACUCGAAAUGAGGCCAACCCGAACCCGCCGAGCCACGUUGCCGAGCUUGAUCUUUUCGGACGACGACGAGUCUCGCGAUGCCCUCGAUGCCUUAAUACAUUCGGACCCCGCGGACAGUCGAAGUAAAAGCCCCCGCCUUGGUGAUCAUGAUGAGCGACGGCGCGAGCUUCUACGCAGCAAACGACGCUCACGGAGCGCAACCGCUCUGCGGGGUUUGGCCAAAAACCACCGGAUGUCUCCUAUUCAAUGGCGGCGACGUAGUAUCGAGUCUUACGUCACGUCAACCGCUUGUGGUGCAGCUUCCGACACGGAUUUGGUGUCCCUCCGACCCGCGACACGGGGCACUGCAGUCAGUGCCCCUCAGACGGCUGUUGAGCCGUCAGUGGAUGGAGUGGACCCCUUAGAAAACCCUGUGGACGAAGAGAGCAUACCGCCAAAUGUGGGCACAUUGGUCAGCGCCAUGCAGCACGAUGAGAGUAUCUCAUUGGAGCAGCGAUUGACUACCUUGGAGGUGAAACUGAUUGACCUCGAAUUUGCUAUCGCCCGCAUGCAGACCGAACGCAGUGAACCUUCUCCCACGACGUCAGGGAGGAAACAAUCACAGAAUUCGACUGAGCACAAGCGCAAAAAGUCUACGACUCAGUCCCCACCAUCCGGGGGUGAAGCUACGUCCAGCGUAGGAUCGGCGGGAGAUCGGCCGUUGAGCACCGCUACCAUCCGUCCCGGCACACAGCACCUUCAUCGUUCCAAAACCUUACAAAGCCCCUCUUUAAGCUCACUCAGUGACCAUAACGCCGGCAUCUCCGUAGAACAGUACAGCGCUUUGGUCAUGCUCCUGCGGCGAGAACAAAAUGCCCGCCGCAGCCUCGAACACGAGGUCUCCGGCCUCCGUUCGGAUAUCCAGCAGCUGCAACAGCUGGCCAGGAAUUCCAUGGGUCUCAAAACAAUGUACCCAAUCCCGAGCGCAGACUCGCAGGAGUUCAUGCGUCCAGACUCCAAUACGAUGGGGGAUCCACAGACUACCUCUGUCCGUACGGAAGUGAAACUCGGUUCACCGUACGAGAGUGAUUCGGAUUACGAUCGAUCCGACACGCCAAAGGAAGAUGUAUUUCGGCCGAGAUGGCCGCCAAACCGGGGAGUGGAAAUUGGCAAUAUGAUCUGACCGAGCCGCGGGCUCGUGACCAGCGCUUAACCUCGGUUUUUAUUAUAACCACUGCAUUAUGACAGGGUUUCUUACCGGCAUGGAAGCUGUCUUCCUUGCGAUUUAAUCC